AUGAUGUCAACGACGACCUCUAAACGCAAGCCUAGCUCCUUACAGACUGCAACAGACUCCGCUAGCAACAAACGGAUCCGGCUCGUUGACGCACAGGGACGGUCUGUCGCGGUCAGAGUGACUCCCCCGCCCGAUCCCCCGACGCGUCCGAGUACGAUGCCACCUGCGGACCCGCCUCGUCAAAGGCCGCGCAUGAACCGACUCACGCCUGCGCGUCCAUUCCCUACGGUCCCGCGGUCUGUUUCCGCGACCGGCCCGCGCUCGGCGCACAAGGAGGGCAAGAACCUCAUCUGCAUCACGCGUAAAACGCCCCUCUCUGCGUACUUGCGCCGCUGCAAGAACGCGGUCAUAAAUGAUGGGUACAAGACGCUCCACUUGAGCGCGAUGGGCGCUGCGAUCCCCCAUCUUCUGCAGCUGUCUGUCGCUCUCCCUCCGAUCCUGCCAUUUGCCGCCGACGAAAUUCAAACGCACGUCACUACCGGCACGAUGGAGGUGCAGGAUGAGAUCAUUCCGGAUGAUGAAGAUGAGGAUAUUGAGUAUAAGACACGGGGGAAGUCUACGCUAGCUAUCGUCAUCAAGAUUGGCGAUGGUGAAUUUGAGGGCGACAAGACUGGUCCCAUCAAACGAGGUGGACCAGUCUCCCGUUCAAGAAACCGUAAUGCACCGCGUCCGACUGCAGGUCCAUCGAACUCCAAGUCACGUCCAGAGACCACCGCCUCAGGACGCCUCGUACUACCGGAGCCGGAUCAGGAUGAGAUGGAUGAGACAGUUUGA